CUUUUCUACCCAAAGCAUAUGUAUGUAUAAAAUCCUUUUGCUAUGAGACUGAAAGAUGAUUUUAUGUUGAUUUCAACUGAAAAAAAUGUGCUUGUUUUCUUUUCUAAGCUUUCUCUUCUUCAAUAAAAGAAGAUUCUUGAAGAAAAUCAAUUCUUUAUCAACUCAGCUACAAGAAAACAUUCCAUAAAAGAUGUCAAGAAAACUUGCAUCCCAGUACCAUGUGAAUGAAUCCAGUGUCAGGCAUUUCUUAAAUUAUUGGCAAUCAUUAUUAUGUUACCUCUGCAGUACUAUGACAUCAGAAAGAAGUGUGAGGGGAGUCUUUGCUAUGACUUCUCAAACAUGGAGAGAUUCCUGAACCAGAGAUCUGUUAGGGAUGCUCUUGGAGUUGGGGACAUAGAUUUUGUUUCUUGUAGCCCCACUGUGUAUCAGGCUAUGCUGAUGGACUGGAUGAGGAAUCUUGAAGUCGGUAUUCCUGCAUUACUUGAGGAUGAAGUCAAAUUGCUUGUAUAUGCUGGAGAAUAUGAUCUCAUUUGCAAUUGGCUUGGUAAUUCAAGAUGGGUUCAUGCCAUGAAAUGGAGUGGCCAGAAAGAUUUCCAAGCAUCCCCUGAAAUUCCUUUUGAAGUAAGAGAUUCACACGCUGGACUGGUGAAAAGCUAUGGCCCUCUUACCUUCCUCAAGGUCCAUGAUGCUGGUCACAUGGUUCCCAUGGAUCAGCCCGAAGCUUCAUUAGAGAUGCUGAAGAGGUGGAUGGAAGGCAAACUCGUUGAAGGCCAAGAUGAAUCAGAAGAGCCAGAAAAAUUAGUUGCUCAAAUGUGAUUUGAUUCCCUCUGUUUGUGUUCAUCAUAUAUCUAGGUUUAUCAAAAUCCACAAGCAGUUGAGUAAUUGGGUAUGUCCAACAUUGCAAGCUAGCUGAUGAUGAAGUCUUGAGUGCACCUGUAAAUAUAUUUGCCCUCAGAUACAGAUAGAUUUCUGGAUAACUUUUUGAUGUUUUGUGGUUAUUAAAAACUACUCAGCAACUGAUUAUCUUACAAAAACUUAUGUUGGGUAUAAGAAUACGUACUGUUCUACAUUGCUUCUGUAUUGUAUUCAUCUGAAUGUUGGUUGUGGGCUUA